CUCGUACAGGCGUUGAAACACUGCACACCAUAAACCCCUUAAAAACCUUAAACUUUAUGACCGUUUCUGUGUAAAAUCAGAAAUUCUAGUACCUCCCCGCCGCAAAAUUAAAACACGUUACUGAGCACAGGGGCAGGUGUAGGUCAUUAAAAAAAAAAUAUCCCCAUCCCUCUCCUUUUCAAUGAAAGGGCGGCUCCGGUAGAUACGCCAUUCCAGCUACGAUCAUUCCUGGGCCACAAGUUUCUCAAUAUAUUAGUUGAAUUUCAACAAUCUUAGAACUCCGGCUUUUGGAAAACACAAUUUGAGCGCAGCCAAGCAAAUUUAAUUUGAACUAUGGCUUCGGCAAGUGAUGAACCAAAAGCAAGAGAGGUUUCGAAUGAAAGAGGAGAGAGAAAGGAGGAGUUGAAGUACAGAGGGGUGCGUCGGCGCAGUUGGGGAAAAUGGGUGUCUGAAAUUCGGGAGCCCAAGAAGAAGAGCAGAAUAUGGCUUGGGUCAUAUGACAGUCCUCACAAAGCCGCUCGCGCCUAUGACGUGGCUGCUCUGUGUUUGAAGGGUCCCUCCGCUGUGCUCAAUUUUCCUGAUGCUGCACACACUCUGCCCAGCCCCACUCAAUCUCGUCCUCGCGACAUCCAGUCCGCUGCUUCGGAAGCUGCACGCUCAUUUGAUGCGCACAGAAUGCUUUUACUUUCUCCUCACUCUCCACACUCCCAACCCCAAUCUUCAGAUCCCCCUGAAGAAGAAAUUGAAACACAAAUUUGCUGUGAAUCGAGCAAUGGGGAGGCCCAACAGGCUGAUCAAAUGCAGUCAAUGAGCAAAGUGGGUUCGUGGGAAGAUUUGCUGGUGGAGUCGCCCAAUAUGAUUUUGAGUAUGGCGGAGGGUCUUCUUCUCACGCCCCCUCGAAUGCAUGAAUACGAUGACGAGGAGAGUAGAUCAGUGGAGCCACUUUUCUCUCUGUGGAAUGACUGACCCAGUGAAUACUAGUUUCUCAGUUAAUGAAAUUAAUUAGGUGUAUAGCGCCUUUUUCUAAUUAAGGUUAGUUACUGACUGUACUGGCGGAAGGGGGCCGGAAAAUAUUGUAGAGAAUGUAGGGUAUCUUGCCUGCGGCCGACCCCGCCUUGAAAUUUUUAAUGAUACUUUAUCCAUUCUGCUCCCCUACCA